AUGGGGCUGCGGCCGAAACCGUUUGGCCAGGAUUGCGACCUAAGGGUACCGGGGGUUUUACGGAAACCGAAGUGAUUUCUAUGCUCCCCAAGCCCUAAAUCGCAGUGAUGAGCAAAAAUCUCCUCCUACGCUGUUUUUCAUCCCUUCUUUCGCUUGGUGUGUUUGAGGACCGACAAGGAGAAGCCCAUCCAAGGACGUCCCGUUGAAAUCGGGUGAGUCCUGCGAUUUUGCCAAGCUCGCAUUCCGAAUCAGUGAAGGAGAGGCACAGGAAGGCCGAAUGGACGCACAGUAUGCCUUCGAGCAUGAGAAUGUAGCCUCUAGUGUGUGCAUAAGACCCAUCUGUCUUCAUAUUUUUGCCUCUUGCUGCCAUGAUUGGUACUUUGUGUGCAUGUUGUGCCUUUCAGGCGCAUGUCGAGCAACCAGCCUCAGCCUCCCGUCAAUGGAGAGGUCCACGUGGCUCCAUCGAGGCCGCAGGCGACCGCUCCUCACCCCAUGAUGACCAGACUGGUCUCGCUCGUCAAGGAGAAGCCCAUCCAAGAGUUCAGGGAGGCGAUCAAAAAGUAAGACGCACAUAGGGAUGCCAACACAUGCACCAGGGGACGCCACAGAGAAGGGAGGCCGUCCGAUGAAUGUCAUUCACUCGUGAUUGCUCUGUCCUUCUGCCCUUCUGUCUGUGUCGUGUGAUUGACGUACGUACGUUGAUUCAGUGAGCCUCCCGAGCAGUGGACUCGUGUUGACGCGUUUCGGAGCAACCUGGCUAGCUAUGCUGUGCAGCGGACCAACGAGCACGAGGCCAUCGAGAUCGUCGACGAGAUGUACAUCAAGGCCAACGUCGAGCCAUGGGCACUUGACCACGCCGCACAGAACGCCCUCUUCUACGCCGCCAGCUACGGCAAACCCCUGGUCAUCGAGCACCUCCUGGGCCAGUCCGGCUACCGACACAAGUUUGACGCCAACGCUCGGGACAACAUCGAUGGCCUGGCCCGCACGCCCGUCUUCUGGGCGGCCGGGAGCCGCAACAACGCGCCCGAGAAGCACGCCGAGGCCAUCCGUAUGCUGGCAAAGUACUGCAAGCCGGCGGGGCUGCAGAUCCGCACCAACAAGUUCAAUGAGUCGGUGCUCCACUACGCGGCACACGCCGGCUUUGCCGCUGCUGUCGAGACACUCCUGGAACUGGUCAGUCAGCCAGGACACACACGACAGACAGGAAGUCGAGGAGAAAGAAAGGCGAUUGAUGAUCGACCAACCACCCACCCACUCGAGCUGCGCACGUUUCCAUCCAUCCGCCUGUCUGUCUGUCUGUCUGUCUGUCUGUUGGAUGCUGCAUUGCAUCAAUCAGGGUGUGAAGCCGUCGCAGGGCAAGGCCAAGCACCUGCCGUCACACUACAUCCGCAACAAGGUGCCCGGCUCCCAGGUCAAGGAAGACAGCCCCCAGGAGAUCGCAGAGAAGGAGCGCCUGCUCUUCGAGGCGGAGGCACACUCAGGCAGGCACCGCAGCGCAGCUUCGAGCGCCGCACUGGGCGGUGGCAAGGGCAGCAAAUCCAAAGGGGGCGGUGGGGGACGGUCCAAAAAGGGUGGCGGUGGCUGGAGAGGCAGAAGCCGGGCUGGAUCGCAGGCGCUUCAGGUCGCCCCGGUAGCUCUCGCUCCAGCGGCAACGCAGAGCCCCACCUUCGCGGACGCGUCGCAGAUGGCCAACCUCAACCUCUCGGCCGUGUCGCCGUCUGUGAGUGGCGUUGGUGAGCACAAGCAGCAGCCGCCGUCGGAGGGGCUGCCGUUGCCGCCCCCGCCUGGUCUGCCGCUGGUUGGUGGUGUGGGAUUGCGUGAUGGUGGUGCGAGUGUGAGUGCCGGCCGGGCGCAGAGCAGUGCGUCAGGCUCUCUGACCGGGCUGACAGGUAUCAAAACUCAAGGCUGGCUGGCUGCACAGAGGGAGGGAGGGAGGGGCGGUUGGAUGUGUGGACCAUGUGUGUGUGUGUGUGCGUGUGUGUGUGUGCGUGUGUGUAUGUGUGUCACAGUUGACGAGACGGGUGAGCCCCGUCGGGUGUAUCGUUUGUCGGUAGACCUGUUGGGUAGCCACUACCCAGCCGAUUCACAGGCUCUGGAGGUAGCCACACCACACACGUAUACACCGACAGGCACCGCUGAGCGGCUCUCACUCUGCCGACCUGCGUGUGCUGUUGCUGAUUCAUGCAGUUGUUUGAGCGUCUGUACCCCCAGUUUGCCAAGUGGGACAAGGCGGCCCCCUUUAAAGAUCCACGCCCUGUCAACAAACCUCCCAACAAAAAGAAGGGCAAAUCCGCCGCCGCCAAAAGCAGGGUACACACACACACGCACACUCGAGGGUGGUUCACAGGGCACCAUGAAUGGUGCAUCUGUUCUCUCAUUCAUCUCUCACCUCUCCCAGGACCCGUGGGUGCAGAAGUGGGAAGGCAAGGCCAAAGCGUAAGGGACAGACUUUCAAGACAGUGCACCACACAGACAGACACAGGGAGACAGACAGCCUGACCACUGCCUGCCAAUGUCAUUUUUGCAUGGCUCAUUCUCUCUGUGUCUGUCUGUCUGUCUGUCUGUGUGGAUAUGUGGAUGUGUCAGUUUCUGCAGGGACAUGUGCAAGAGCAUGAAUUGCAAGCUGCUGCUCAACGCGGCCAAGGUGCUCGAGUUCGACGCCAUGGACUUCUUCACACCCGAGGGCGAGGCGGAGCACAACCUCACCUUUACCGAGGAGGUCCACAAGGCCACCGAGAACCGCGUCAGCCUGACCGACCUGCCCUAUGGCUUCGAGCACUACCAAAAGAAGCUCAACAACGGACAAUACAAGUGGCUCAGGGUAAGUGAAGGCCACACACUUACAGAGGGAGCGAGGGACGGAUGGGUGGCUCAUCUGGUGCGUGUGUGUGUGGUGCUGCAGGAUAUGGUUGAGGAUUUCAACAUCUGCAUCAACAAUGCGCGCAACUACGGCCAGUCCAACGGCAACCAGCUCUGGAUCGACUCGGCACACGUCACCCGCGAGUACUUCGACCAGGAGUUCAAGGUCAACCAGCUGCAGCAGUUCCUCGACGCCGAGAACCGCAUCUUCAACCACCCACCACCCCCACCGCCCCCACAACCACAGGAGCCACAGGAGCCACAACAGCCACAGCAACAGGAGGGCCCUUCUGCGUCUGCAUCUGCGUCGGCAUCAGCCGAUGCCCCCGCCCCGCCCCCUCCCCCACCCACGGAAGAAGACACCAAGGUCAAUGGUGUGGGAGGGAGUGACGAGGGCGCCAGCAACAGGGGCCAGAAGAGGACACGUGACGAUAUGGAGGGGGAGCAUGGCGGGGAAGCGGGUGAGGCCGAGGGCGAGGGAGUCGGUGUUGUUGAGCCUGAUGCUGCCGGUGAUGGUAUCGGUGACGGUGACGAGGCGGAUGAGGAUGCUGAGGCGGAUGCGCCCGAUGAGGAUGACAACAUGGGCGAGGAUUGCGCCCCCAGUGGCAACGAGAAGAUGCCCGACGACGAGGCAGGCCCACCGCCCGCCAAGAAACUGCACGUCGAGGUGAGUGAGCGAGCCAGAAAGACAGACAGACAGACACACGUAUACAGCCGACUGGACCGGAUCCACUGUGUGUGUCAGAGCCCGAAGUCCCACGACCACCCCAUGUCGAGCGGUGACAGUGGGGACCGCUCGGUGAUGCCGAGCGAUCACGACGUCACCAUGGGCACUGCCGAAUGAGCUAAGACACCAAGACCCAGAUACAAGACAAGACAACACAGAGGAGGAGAGGCCACUGAGCCACUGUAAUACGUACAUUCCUGGUUAACGGUGAAUUCUUCGUGGGUGCGUGCGUGCGGCUGCAUGACUGAGUGAGUGAGUGACCGAAGUUUCUUUUGAAUGAGUACUGGGUGGGCAAAUGGGUGGGUGGACGGGGGGACGAUCGAUGUGUAAUGGGCCGACUGACUGACUUUUUUGACUCAAGGAGGAUGGAACGAGCCGGCCAGACUCAACUCAGAGAGCGAUUCCUCCUCCGUAUUAGGCUUGUCAACACCUACCUGCAUACCUGCAG